AUGGAUGCUUUUAAGGGGAGACAUGUACUUCUUACCUCUGAUGUUGCUUCUUUUCUGUUUGUUAUUAAAUUGAAACCAAUUGACACAAAUUUCCUCAGGUCUCAAACCACAAAAGGUAUUUGGAUUGCACGGUGUGUUGGAAUUGAACCUUGCACUCUUGUAAUGGAUUUAGAGGGCACUGAUGGAAGAGAAAGAGAAGAGGAUGAUACUGCAUUUGAAAAGGAGAGUUCUCUUUUCGCCCUUGCCAUUUCUGAUAUGAUAAAUAUGUGGUGUCAUGAUAUUGGUCGUCAUGAUGAGAUUAUAACUUUGAUGUUUGUCAUACGUGAUAAAACAAGGACGCCGUUAGAAAAUCUGGAACCUGUUUUAAGGGAAGACAUUCAGAAGAUAUGGGAUGGUGUUCCCAAGCCUCAAGCUCACAAAGAAACUCCCUUAAGUGAAUUUUUUAAUGUUGAAGUUGUGGCUCUUUCCAGUUUUGAAGAGAAGGAAGAACAAUUUAAAGAGCAGGUGGAGAGUCUAAGACAGCGAUUCUUUCAUUCUAUUGCACCUGGUGGGCUUGCUGGGGAUAGACGGGCUGUAGUUCCAGCUUCAGGCUUUUCAUUUAGUGCACAACAGAGUUGGAAGAUCAUUAAGGUGAACAAGGACCUUGAUCUGCCUGCGCACAAGGUGAUGGUUGCCACUGUACGUUGUGAAGAGAUUGCUAAUGAAAAGUUCUCUUCAUUUACUGAAAAUGAGGAAUGGUGUCAACUAGAAGAGACUGUACAGUCGCAGCCGGUGCCAGGCUUUGGGAGGAAGCUCAGCUCAAUUCUUGAUGCUUGUCUAUCAGAGUAUGAUGCGGAGGCCACCUAUUUUGAUGAAGGUGCUAGAUCUUCGAAGCACAGUCAGUUGGAAGAGAAACUGAUGCAAGAGUCCAGAAGUGAAAUUAUACUGUCAUCUGGUGCAAUUGGAAGCCCUCAACUGCUGCUGCUAAGUGGAAUUAGACCGAAAUCCCUGCUUGAAAAGUUGAACAUUUCUGUGGUUCUUGAUAAUGAGUUUGUUGGAAAAGGCAUGUCCGAUAAUCCCAUGAACGUGAUUUAUGUUCCCGCUAGUCAGCCGGUUGAGCAAUCUCUGGUACAGACUGUAGGAAUUACCAAGAUGCGAGUGUACAUUGAGGCUAGCAGUGGAUUUGGAAAAUCCUCAGAUAGCAUUCAUUGGGACCAUGUACUUGUUUCAGCUGACAUAGGGCAAUUAUCUACCAUUCCUCCAAAGCAAAGAACACAUGAAGCAUUUAAGGGAGGUUUCAUUUUAGAAAAAGUUGUCAGUCCUCUAUCCACUGGCCACCUUAAUCUUCUCAACACAAAUGUAGAUGAUAAUCCCUCAGUCACCUUCAACUACUUCAGCCAUCCGUCCGAUCUACAAAGACGUGUCGAUGGCGUACGACUCAUAGAGAAGAUAUCGAGAUCAAAACAUUUCACAAACUACAUGAAAUGUGAUGGCAAAACAGUCGAAAAGCGGCUGAACAUGAGUGUUCAGGCUAAUGUUAGACUCAUACCUAAGCAUACUAAUGAUACAAAAUCCUUGGAACAGUUUUGUAAAGACAAUGUUAACACAAUCUGGCACUACCAUGGAGGAUGCCAUGUGGGCAAGGUAGUGGGACCCGAUCAUCGGGUUCUUGGAGUAGAGAGGCUCCGUGUUAUUGAUGGUUCUACUUUCAGUAAAUCACCCGGGGCUAAUCCUCAAGCCACAGUGAUGAUGAUGGGCAGGUACAUGGGAUUGAAAAUAUUGGGGGAGAGAUUGGGAAGAGCAGCUGGAGCAUAA